AAACUGUUCUUUCAAAUGUUCCAUAAUCAACGCUAAUGCGUUCAUGUCGACAAGAGGGUAAUAUCAUGGAAAUCGGUUAUACUUUAGUUUCAAUGCACAUGAAUUAAUUGCCUUUGCCGAGAGCGUGGCCCCUUCCAACAUGGCCGCCACGUCAGUGCAUCGCUUCGCCGCUCCCGGGGUUUAGGGUGCUGGCCCUUUAAGAGAACAGGUGUAUCGGUGACAGGGAGGAGGGACGAACAACCCGGAAGUUGACAUCACUAUCCCAACAUCCCGAAACUCAGCAUGACUUUAAUCACGUAUCAAAAUGCCCGGGAAGAUAGCAUGCGCCGCGGGCAUUUUUGCUGAUGAAAAAGUCCACUUUGUCCACGGGGCGUCCUGACUGGCGACAUGAGACUACUUGUGGCCUACUUGGUUGGGCUCUCACUGGCAGUCCCGGUGCGCGCGCAGGACCAGAUCCAGAUCCAAUUCCAGACCGACCCCGUCCUGGUGCUUAGCGGGGGCGAAAUCCAGUUCACGGUGCUGACCGUGCCGGACGUGCUGUCCAUGACGUGGCUUUACGAGGGCGUGACGCUGGGCCUGUUCGUCGGCGGCUCCCCUGAAAUCAACGACGUGGCGCAGUUCCGCGGCCGCGUCGCCAUCACGGCCACGCAGCUGCGCAUCGCAAGCGCCCGGCUGGGGGACGCCGGCACGUACACGGUGGAGGUGGUCCCGCUCGCCUCCACGGGCCUGACGCCAAACUCCAGAUCGGUCCCACUCAGGGUUUUUGACGCCGUGUCCGGGGUGGCGCUCUCCGUGCCUUCGGUGGCGACGGAAGGAGGGAACAUCACGCUGACGUGCACCUCGGGUGGCACCGAGCUCACCUUCCAGUGGGGUAAGGACGGCGCGGCCAUCGCGGAAGACGGCAGGAUCGCCAUCGCCGGCGGAUCGCUGGUCAUCAACCCGGGCCAGCGCGGCGACGCCGGAGAUUACACGUGCACCGUCAGCAACCCAGUCAGCGCGCUCGCCGCCACGCGGCGUCUCACCGUCUUCUGUGGGUUUUUAUGACUUGAUUUGUGUUUCAUUGCAACUUUU